CCACCCACCCCACCGCACAGGCUGGCCAGCCAGCCAGCCAGCCUCUAGCUAGAGCGGUCUCCUCCUCCUCCUCCUCCCGCCCCAUAUGUUUGUGGUGUGUGUGUGCUGAGGACUGCCAGAGAAAGAGCAGCAGCAGCAGGAGGGGGGAGGCCGCCACUGCCGCUUCUGCCGCCGCCGCCGCCGCCUCCUCCUCUGCCGCGGCUGCUGCUGCUGCUGCAGCAGUGCCCGAGCCAGCCUGCCAGGGGUGCCUCGGCGGCGCCUGCCGCAAUGCCCAGGAGCCCCCCGGAGCCGCCUCCUCCGGCACUGACAGCCCUGCACGUGCGGCAGCCACCACAAUGACAGCAGCCGGGCAGCCACCGGCCGCGUGAAGGGGCUCGCUGCCGCAAGAUGAACGCCUCCCUGGACGGCGGCGGCGGCAGCAACCGCAGCAGCAGCCGCCAGCCGUUCUGCCUGCUGGCCAGCGACUCCCCGGAGGGCCUGGACUUCUGCCUGCUGGAGGUGAUCGUCAUCGUCUUCCUCACCGCCCUGAUCAUCUCGGGUAACCUGGUGGUCAUCUGUGUCUCCCACUGCGCGCCGCUGCUCCACCACCACACCACCAGCUGCUUCAUCCAGACCAUGGCCUACGCCGACCUGCUGGUGGGCGUGAGCUGCCUGGUGCCCUCGCUCUCCCUGCUGCGCUACCGCCUGGCCCCGCUGCCGGAGGACCUGGUCUGCCAGGCCUUUGGCUACAUGGUCUCGGUGCUGAAGAGCGUCUCCAUGGCCUCGCUGGCCUGCAUCAGCCUGGACCGCUACCUGGCCAUCACCAGGCCGCUGACCUACAACAGCCUGGUCACCCCCUGGCGCCUCCGCCUCUGCAUCCUCCUCGUCUGGCUCUACCCGGCCGCCGUCUUCCUGCCCGCCUUCUUUGGCUGGGGCAAGCCCGGCUACCACGGGGACGUCUUCCAGUGGUGCGCCGACUCCUGGCCCACGCGGGCCGCCUUCACCCUCUUCAUCGUGGCCGUGCUCUACGCGCCGGCCGCCUUCGUGGUCUGCUUCACCUACGCCAGCAUCUUCCGCAUCUGCCAGCAGCACACCCGGGAGAUCAGCGAGCGGCAGGUGCGCUUCGGCUCCCGGGAGGGGGGGGCGGCCGAGGCCCCGCCCUGCCCGGACAAGCGCUACGCCAUGGUCCUCCUGCGCAUCACCAGCGUCUUCUACCUCCUCUGGCUGCCCUACAUCGUCUACUUCCUGCUGGAGAGCUCAGCCGUCUACCAGAGCCACAUGGCCUCCUUCCUGACCACCUGGCUGGCCAUCAGCAACAGCUUCUGCAACUGUGUCAUCUACAGCUUGUCCAACAGCGUCUUCCAGAAAGGGCUGAAGCGCCUCUCGGGCGCCGUCUGCGCCUCCUGCACCCGGCACCGGCCGGCCAAGGACUCCUCGGCCUCCAGGGGCAAAAGACCUUCCAGUGGGGGCCACGUCUAGUGGGGUGGAUUUGCUCCCGUUGCAAAAACGAGUUCGGAUUGUCCAGGUUUGCAAAAAAAAAACACCAAACAAAGCGGAGAGGAACUCCAAAGCUCACAACCUUCUCCCAGAAAUGCUGCUGAUUAAGGAGAAUCAGGAAUUCCCAUGAGCAUGUGUGGUGUCUGUUUGGCGUUUCACGUUGACAGUGUCCUCAGGGUGGGCGGGGGGGGGGUUGUUUCGUAGUGAUUCCAGGAUCUGUUUUUUAAGACAUGCAGCACGCUUCCUCCCUCUCCCUCUCCGCACUCCCACCUGGAGUGACCGGUCGCGGUGGGCGUCUGGAGAGCUCCCACUGAAAGACCCCCUUGAUUUCUUCCUCCCGGUGUUGGCGUUGCCCGAGCGCGCUUGGAAUGAUCUCUGCUUCGUGUGUCAGUGUGGGAAUGUAAAUGGUUUAGUGGCGUACUCCCGGAAUCCUUGUUUUUGUUUUUCAUUGGGGGCCCGUUGUGUUGUGCGUAUGCCCAAGCCUGCUUCCGGAUCUUGAGGCCUUCUCUCUUCUCCCUCGGGCUGGUUGGGAAGACUGGGGCGUUGGGUUUCGGCGUGCGGCAAACCCUCGAUGCAGCCCAUGGGAUCAGCACCAAUUUCCUCCCACCCCCGUCCCAUGUGCUCUUACAGUAGCUCUCCUGUGCGCCCCCCCCCCCCCAAUUAGGACACUUGUUUGUGAUUCUGGAGUGCAGUAUUUGCAUUUUUAAAAUUCUGUUUGUGUAGUAACGGGAUGACUUGGGAGCAGACCAAAUUUAGCAGUUGAAUAAAAUAUUUUUCUUUAAAAACAACAACAACAAAACCAACUCCAAUGGCACUCAAAAAAAAAAAAAAAGAGCAGAGAGAAUACUUUGUUCUUUCCCUCCGGUUGGAUUCGUGGCAGCAGCUUGAGGAGGGGGUGAAGCUGCAAAGGGCUUUUCCCUUCUUGAAAUGGGGGGGGGUGCCCUUCUUGCGGGAGGGAAUGAAUCAAAGCCGGAACUUUGGAUACCUGGCAGGCGAUCACGUGGUCCCGGGCAUAUUUAUGCAGAAGUAAACCCUUCUCCCCCCCCACCCCAGUCGCUGGGGAGGCGGGACCCGGAGAGGAGGACGAAGUGCACUGCACCCUGUCGAAAUGCACCGUGUCAACUAGGCCGCACAGCUUGGGUCCCCCAGCUGCAGUGGGCGGGGAUGAUGGGGUUUGUAGUCCAACAUCUGCAUGAGGACAAGGUUGAGGCUUAAUUUGUUGUUUUUUUUAAAUUAUAGGUAGCAGAACGGUUAAUGGCCUCCUGGAGCCAGCCCCAGUCUAUUCCGCCUCUGUGUUGCUUCUCACGGUGGCUUCCCAAGACACCCCCUGGGGGCCAUUGGUUGCCUAUGACGGCGGUGGCUGCUGGCCUCUCCGUUUUGGCCACGGGCCAAAGGCUUGUGAUGGGCCGCCUGUUUCUAAAGCCAGCCAGCUCCCCGCCAAAGAGGCCCGGGUUCCGGCAAACCUCCUGUGCAUAUGAACGAGCCAUCUCUGUGUGGCACCAUCCUUGUGGGAGAGGGACCCCCUUCGUCUUGCCCCCACCCUGGUUUGGGGGUCUGGUUCCGGCCAGGUGGGCCUGGCAGUGCUCCUGUGUGCUUGCUCUCCCUCUGGCUCACCCCUCUCCAGACAGCCUGCGUGUGUUUGCUCCCUGUCCCCAUCCGGCCUGAGAGCUGCAGGAUCCUGACCGGAACCCUCCCCAGGCCUGGCCCGAGAGGAGAUGCCUUGGCUGGCCUCAGGAGCCGCUCAGCCCCGGGGGGCCCCCUGCAAGGCCCACCACGGAGGAAUGGCUUGUUUGGGGACCCAUGGAAAGGCCAGCAAGUGGAGAACGGGCCUCUGCCUGCCCCACAGCUGGAUGUGAGGCCGGGGCGGGGGGGGGAGCUUGCUGCAGAGGAAGAGCAGGCUGCAGACGGAGACGGAGAGCCCUCCCCUGUCCCAGGCCUGGACUCCCAGCCCUCCGUGGAUGGCGUUUGGCCUUUUGUCCCCAACACGGCUUUGUUUGGGCCAUGUGGCUUUUGCAGAAGUCUCAGUGGAGCUGGGCAGCCCCGAGCCUGACACCCCACACAGGAGGCCUUUGGAAAAGGCCAGUUACAAAGCCUGCCCUGCGAGAGCGCAGGAGGACUCCGCCGCCGCCACUGUCUCCUCCUCCUCCAUGCGUGCCUUGCAACUGGGCAGGAGGGUGUCUGGGGCUCAGAGCAGUGGGGCCCUCUCUCUCGCACAGCCGUGUCGGAGGCGGGUGGUUCUGGGUAUUAGCUGGCGACAGCAAUCUGAGCUGGUCGCUCCAGAACAGGAGGGCAGUGCCCAAGAUGGGGCCGGAAGAAAAGGGAGGCCAGAAGGCCAACCCGUGCAAAGCAUUCAUGGGGGAGAGUCGCUGCUGGUAACCGAGGGACACUUCUUGGAGGGUCCCCGCGUGCUCCUCCAAGGCGUGGCCCCUCUUCCCCAGGGCAAGGAGGAGACCAGCGAUGACCCUGCGCUGGGGGAUGUGGAGGCCCCCUCUGGUUCCAGCCGCCCGUUUUUGCCUGCUGGUCUCCCGUCUCUUCCGAUUACUCAGGCGCUUUGUAAUAGCGAAAUCAAGACACUAGUUCUCAACAGAGUCGAUGGGUCCUUGGAGGUGCGGUGCUCUGACACUCUGGGGGGGGGGGGGUCCUGAAAUAGGCUGUGGUCUCGCUGCAUAAUUUGCCCGCAGUCUUGUCCAGUUCCCUUCAAUUUCAUUUCAGUCAUUGACCAGAAAAGAGAACCGAACCGAACCACAGUCUUGUCAGAGCUGGGCGAGAAUCCUGGGCAGAUCCGGCCCCAGGCUGAGCCUCUGCUCAGAUGGCAACCUCUGCAGCUUCUAUGUAAGCUGAUAUUACAGAAUUUUGACACGUCAAAUAAAAAAUGGGUGCCCGAUUUAACGGAAGGGGCCUUCUAGCCAAGGAGGCUUCUCACU